GCUUUAAAAGGGUGGGGGCGCGAUGUUCCUCACACUCUCACGGCAGGACAUCCCAAGGGAAUCAAAGCAAAGACAAGAUGACUCACCACUGCACCAAGUUCUCCGGCCACUGGAAGAUCAUUGUCUUCGACGAGGAGUGCUUCCAGGGCCGCCGCCAUGAGUUCACCUCCGAGUGCUGCAACGUGAUGGAGUUCGGCUUCGAGACCGUGCGCUCCCUGAGGGUGGAGAGUGGAGCCUGGGUGGGCUAUGAGCACGCCUCCUACCAGGGACAGCAGUUUGUCCUGGAGAGGGGAGAGUACCCCCAGUGUGACGCCUUCGGAGGCAGCAACGCCUACCACAUCGAGAGGAUGACCUCCUUCAGACCCAUCGCCUGUGCCAACCACAGAGAGUGCCGUAUGACCAUCUACGAGCGUGAGAACUUCCUGGGCCGUAAGGGCGAGCUCAGUGACGAUUACCCCUCCCUCCAGGCCAUGGGCUGGUGCAACAACGAAGUCGGCUCUCUCAGGAUCCAGUCUGGAGCAUUUGUGUGCUACCAGUACCCUGGCUACCGCGGAUACCAGUAUAUCAUGGAGUGUGAUCGUCACUGUGGGGAGUUCAAACACUUCAGGGAGUUUGGCUCCCACUGCCAGACCCCUCAGAUCCAGUCCAUCCGCCGUAUUCAGCAGUAA